UCUUACAGGAAGUAGGGCCAAAGAGAGUGCUCCGGGGCGUGUGCAGAGUGUUUCCUGGAGGGCCGAGGAUGAUCUCGGAGGUGUUCGUGCUCUCCUCGCAAGGGGACCGGCUCCUCUACAAGGACUUCCGCGGGGAGGGACACCCCGGCCUCGUGGAGGACUUCUUCCGGAAGGUGACGGCGCUGCCUCCUGACCAGGCCCCGGUCUUCAUGGAGGCUUGCCCCCCGGGCCUCCACUUCGCGCAUGUGCGUCAUGGGGGGCUCUACUUCGUGGCCACCAUCCCUUCCAAAGCUUCGCCUUUUGCAGCACUGGAGUUCCUCAACAGAUUGGCGGCACUGCUUCGGGACUCCUGCGGGGCCCUGGACGAGAGGAGCGUCUCCCUCAACUUCGCCCUCCUCUACGAACUCUUGGAUGAACUACUGGACUACGGCUACGUCCAGAGCACGGCCCCCGAGGUGCUGCGGAACUUCCUGCAAGUGGAGCCGGUCCUGGGCCCACGCUUCAGCCUCCUGGACCUCAGCUCCGUGGGGCUGUUUGGAGCAGACACACAGCAGAGCAAGGUGGCCCCCAGCUCUGCCGCUGCCCGGCCAGCCCUCUCCCUGCGCGGGGAACAGGGUUCCCGGCCAGAGGUCUUCCUGGACCUGGUGGAGCGCCUCACGGUGAUCAUUGCGGCCAAUGGAACACCCAUGAAAGUCGACAUCCAAGGAGAGAUCCGGCUCAAGAGUUUCUUCCCGAACUGCUCCGAGAUGCGGGUGGGCCUCUCGGAGGAGUUCUGCGUGGGCAAGAUGGAGCUCCGGGGCUACGGUACGGCGGUCCGAGUGGACGAGUGCUCCUUCCACAGCUCCGUGAGGCUGGAUGAGUUUGAGCGCAGCCGCGUCCUGAGGGUGACCCCCAGCCAAGGGGAGCUGACCCUGAUGCAGUACCAGCUGGCUGACCACUGCCCCACCGCCCUGCCCUUCCACCUCUUCCCCACCGUCCACCACGACCUUCCCAGUGGCCGGGUGCAAGUCUACCUCAAGCUCCGCUGUGACCUGCCACCCAAGAGCCAUGCUGUCAACGUCCAUGUCCACCUCCCGGUCCCCAAAGCAGUGCUGAGCCUCUCCCAGGAACUGAGCAGCCCUGAGCAGACGGCCGCCCUGCAGACCAGCACCAAGUCCGUCGAGUGGGUCGUGCCCCGCAUCCAGGGGGGCUCCCAGCUCUCUGCCCUCUUUAAGCUGGAAGUGCCCGGCCUGAGCCGCGGAGGCCUGCGGGAGCUGGGCCCGGCCAACCUGUCCUUCGAGGUGCCGGCCUUUGCCUGCUCGGGGCUGCAGAUCCGCUUCCUGCGCUUCGUGGGGCCCCAGAGCAGCCUCCCCCACCGCUGGGUGCGCUACGUGACCCACAGCGAUGCCUACGCCAUACGCCUCAACGCGGGGUCAUAGCAGCCACCGGGACAGAGAAGGACAAGCCCGCAGGUGCUUGGCACAAAACAACUUUAUCCCAACAGGAGUCAACAAGCAGAGCCAGGAAAACAGCCCAGAACUCUGCAAAUAAGUGCAACGGAAACAGUCCCACAAUGGCCCCCUCCAACCUUCCUUCUGAGGGAAGUGGCCUGGGAGAAAGAGCAAGCGACGCUCAACUUCAGCCUCACAAACUGGCCCCGAGGCACAAGGCACUGACCGAUGGGGACAACACAGUCUCAGUCGUUCUGCAAAGAAGAGAGAGACCUCAAUGGACACAAUGCCCUUUCCCGGACUUAGCAAAAGGUCUGCAUUUAGCUCACCCCCAACACAGGCUUCUCGUGUACAGUGUUCCCUCACUUAGUG